GGAGGAGUUACCUCUUCCAGACCUUACAGAUAGGCCUCAGUUGGGAAAGAUCUUCACCACAGGGAUCUCAAAAGUCACCUACAUACAUGUGCUUAAUGAAUACAGAAGAGGAAAUUGAAGUCCAGGAAGUUUAAGAAGCUUUUUAAAAAUCACACAGCAAAAUAAUGGCUACAUAUCCCAAGAUUGGCGACACAGCCAUCCUUUCCAAAUUUUCUCUUUAUGUCCCUGCCAAAGGAAUAAAAACUGGCUGACUGACAUCAUCAGAGUGGAAGAAGAGUAAACAGGAGGCAAUUUAUGCAACGGAGAGCUGAAACUAUUAUGAAAUUCUCCAGUGACCCUGUGAUUCAUUUUGUUUCCUGGUAGUCACCACUUUCUAGUUUUGACAGAUGUGCUUUUCUGCUUUUUUUUUUUCUUUUUUCUUAAGAAGCUUACUGAGCUUGCAAAGGAAAGCUCUAAAGGAACAAGGUUAAGGAGCUAACUCAGCAUCAACAAAGACAGAUGCCUUCUUGUAAUUGAACUAAAACCCUUAGACUUUCUGUAAGUCAGCUCUCUCUAGUGUAAGCCAUUACCUUAUUUUUAUUUUUAUGCCGACCAUUUCCCACUUAAAAUUCAUCAUCAAAAAACGAAAUUCGUUUAUUUCUUCCUUAAUGUUUAUAGCGAUAUAGAUAGUCUAUCAAACAUUAUUCACUAAAGAGGUCAGACAGAUUCUCAUCAUGAUUCAUCCCUGCAAUGCAGAAGGAGACACCAGGGCAUCCUAACAUAAUUUAAGUGACAGUGAGGAGGCAUAUGAUCUGACAGAUAUUUCUGAAAAAUAAGUGCCCCAAAUAGCUCCACUGAGUCCUGUAAAGAGGACAUCUUCUAUUCUAGUGCUUCAUUCCUUCAGAUCAAAGACUACUUCAUGAAGUACCCUCUUCAAUCUUGCUUAUUCUUUGUCAGCUACCAAUAUUUCAUUGCGCACGUAAAAGUUUAGCCAUCAUCAAAGGUUGUCUCAAGAUGAUAGGACACAGAAUUUUGGUAAGGAGAAUGUGCAAAGCACCGAUUUACCUAUAAAUGAGAAUCUCACCGAUUUACCUGUGAAUGAGAACUGGCUGUCAUGGAGGAGUACUAUUUUGGGAGAAUGACUGCAGCCGAGGGUUUAUUGAGUAUGGAUUGAGCAUCACACUAAAAACCUUCCCCAGAAAAAGGGACCAAAGGAUGUAAACUGAAAAUUUUAAAAAUCUGCUUUGUUUUCCUCAAAUUGCUGAAGAUCCAGAUAGAUAUUUGCCUACACAUGAAGAAGAAAUCGUGAUCACAGUAUUGGUUGCGUCCACCUGCAUCCUUUUUGUUUUUUUUUGGAAGAGAUGGUCCUGGCUUUCCAGUUAGUCUCCUUCACCUACGUCUGGAUCAUAUUGAUACCAAAUGUUUGUGCUGCUUCUAACAUCAAGAUGACACACCAGCGGUGCUCCUCUUCAAUGAAACAAACCUGCAAACAAGAAACUAGAAUGAGGAAAGAUGACAGUACCAAAGUGCGGCCUCAGAAAUAUGAGCAACUUCUCCAUAUAGAGGACAACGAUUUUGCAAUAAGACCUGGAUUUGGAGGGUCCCCAGUGCCAGUAGGUAUAGAUGUCCAUGUUGAAAGCAUUGACAGCAUUUCAGAGACUAACAUGGACUUUACAAUGACUUUUUAUCUCAGGCAUUACUGGAAAGACGAGAGGCUCUCCUUUCCUAGCACAGCAAACAAAAGCAUGACAUUUGAUCAUAGAUUGACCAGAAAGAUCUGGGUGCCUGAUAUCUUUUUCGUCCACUCAAAAAGAUCCUUCAUCCAUGAUACAACUAUGGAGAAUAUCAUGCUGCGUGUACACCCUGAUGGAAACGUCCUCCUAAGUCUCAGGAUAACGGUUUCAGCCAUGUGCUUUAUGGAUUUCAGCAGGUUUCCUCUUGACACUCAAAAUUGUUCUCUUGAACUGGAAAGCUAUGCCUACAAUGAGGACGACCUAAUGCUCUACUGGAAACACGGAAACAAGUCCUUAAAUACUGAAGAGCAUAUGUCCCUUUCUCAGUUCUUCAUUGAAGACUUCAGUGCAUCUAGUGGAUUAGCUUUCUAUAGCAGCACAGGUUGGUACAAUAGGCUUUUCAUCAACUUUGUGCUAAGGAGGCAUGUUUUCUUCUUUGUGCUGCAAACCUAUUUCCCAGCCAUAUUGAUGGUGAUGCUUUCAUGGGUUUCAUUUUGGAUUGACCGAAGAGCUGUUGCUGCAAGAGUUUCCCUGGGAAUCACCACAGUGCUGACCAUGUCCACAAUCAUCACUGCUGUGAGCGCCUCCAUGCCCCAGGUGUCCUACCUCAAGGCUGUGGAUGUGUACCUGUGGGUCAGCUCCCUCUUUGUGUUCCUGUCAGUCAUUGAGUAUGCAGCUGUGAACUACCUCACCACAGUGGAAGAGCGGAAACAAUUCAAGAAGACAGGAAAGAUUUCUAGGAUGUACAAUAUUGAUGCAGUUCAAGCCAUGGCCUUCGAUGGUUGUUACCAUGACAGCGAGAUUGACAUGGACCAGACUUCCCUCUCUCUAAACUCAGAAGACUUCAUGAGAAGAAAAUCGAUAUGCAGCCCCAGCACUGAUUCAUCUCGGAUAAAGAGAAGAAAAUCCCUAGAAGGACAUGUUGGUAGAAUCAUUCUGGAAAACAACCAUGUCAUUGACACCUAUUCUAGGAUUUUAUUCCCCAUUGUGUAUAUUUUAUUUAAUUUGUUUUACUGGGGUGUAUAUGUAUGAAGGGGAAUUUCAAAUGUAUACAACUUUAAAGCCAGAUGAUGUUUGAAAACAAAACUCUUGAAUAUGAGUUGGACAGUCCUAGAUGGAACUGGGAAAGUGCGAGUCACCUCUCCUGCCCUAAUGAAAAUUUGAAAGCUGACUGAUUUACAUCUAAGAAAGAAUUUGGGUCCUAGAAAAGUUUGACUCCAUAAAUAAGAGUCAUAGGCAUGUGUAUUAUGGGAAAAACAGGUUUCCAUCG